GGAAGCACAGAGAAUGCAGGGCCUGAGGGCUCCCAGGCCCUGGGAAGAGCCAGGCUGAGCCUUAUAAAUGGACCGUUCUGGAUGUAGACACACACAUCUCAGGCACUCUCCUUCCUGACGCUUCCUCGGCUCUGAAUUUUAAAGCAACUAUGAGCAACACUCAAGCUGAGGAGUCCAUAGUGGGCAUGAUUGACCUGUUUCACAAAUACACGGGACGUGAUGAUGCGAUCGACAAGCCAAGCCUGUUGAAGAUGAUGAAGGAGAAUUUCCCCAACUUCCUCAGUGCCUGUGAGCAUAAGGGCACAGAUUACUUGGCCAAUGUGUUUGAGAAAAAGGACAAAAAUAAGGAUAAGAAGAUUGAGUUUUCUGAGUUUCUCUCCAUGAUGGGGGACAUAGCCACAGACUACCAUGAACAGAGCCACGGAGCACCUGCCUGCUCUGGGGAAAAUCACUGAGCUCAGCCCAUCCCUGCCCAGGAGCCUCUACAGGCCCCCAGAAACAAUAAAGUGUCUCC